UUAGCUAUUUAAAUAUAUUUACUACCGAAAUAUCAAUUAAUUGACUAUCGAAUGAAAUAAUUGAAUAGUUUCUUUUGUGGAUUAAUUUUUCUCCUCACUACUACUGACUGACAGUGACAGAUGUGUGUCAAAAUUUUGUGAUGAUACAAUGUGAAUGGGCGGACGACUAAAAAUUUUGUUUCGUAAAUGAAUUAUCUUGUUAAUACUGACGAAGUCAAGAUAAAUCUAAACUAUACAAGGUCUAGAGCAUAUGAGUAUAAUUCGUGCGCGCGGUGAUUACACAUAUUCAGGAGCUUAUCGUGUUGUGACCAAGUUGGGUUUCCCCGUAGUAUUUACAUGGUUCGAAAAGUAGCAAAAUCUUUUUGUUUACACAUCUCUGGUCUGGCCGAUAAUAAGUGCCAUAAUGGACGAGCCUGAGAAGCCUUUUGCCUGCACGAUACCUGAUUGUGGGAUGACUUUUACUAAUGAAGAUCAUCUGACUGUGCAUACGAAGAAACACGACAUGUAUCUGCAACUUGGGCUGGAGCAAAAAGCGGCAUUUGUUGCUGACCAGACACCGACACCAACACGAUUCAUAAGGAACUGCGAGGAAGUCGGGCUAUUCCAGGAUCUUCAGAAUGUGAACCCUUUCGAAGAGGGUUUCAAGAGGGCUAUGGAGACUUGCAAGCAUGGUCUUCUAACCUUGGAAAACGCUGGACCAUCAUCCACAUCCGAUGACCUCCAUACACCUCAAAUGGUCUUCCCAACAUUAGAUGGCAGCGACGCAACGCUAUACACCAGUAAUAAUCGCAAGAACAUCACUAUUAGCAGAUCAUCAAGCGACGAAUCAGGAACAAUUAAAGAAUACGAAACGACAACAAUAUCCAAACUGACCAAUCAGGUGACGACAAUCAGUCGCGUGGUCAACAAACACGAUAUCAUCGAUAAACACACAGACGAGACGCACAAAACUGACGAACAUACACGCCAGAGAGACGUACACAAUGAAACUUCAGUUUCCUACACGAAUAAUGUGAUAAAAAUCCAGAACAACAUAGAAAUUAGGAAGGACAAUCUUAAUAAUGUCGAAACGACUAAAAACGCGCCUUCCAGUAGAGUAACUUAUGAUACGGUUGCAAAAGAUGCAAGCGCUACUUCAAUGAAAGAUGUCCUUUUAGCCGAAGCGAGUAAAGCAGAAAUGGAACCCAAACUACCAUCGAUAAUGAGCCAAAGAUCUAUAGAUUCCGUUAUAAACAACCUUACGUCAGAAAUAUGCGGGAACCACAAAUGUAAACCCGAUGUUAAGAUGAAAAACCGUCGCACUGUCAAAUCUAGACCUAAACUGACACCGGUAGCUAAUAAUCCAACUGCAGACACAAAUUUGAUUAGUAAAAGUGACAAAGCCAAAGAUGCUCCCAAUAAAUCGACGCCAGUCAAUGGCACUAAUGAUAAUUACGAAGUCGUAAUCAAACUGCCUACUGGUAGACGAGUGGUUAUGAAAGCGGUAGAUGAAAUAUCCACAGAUCCUUUAGACACAUAUAAAAUUGAUGAGAAAACAAAAGAAAAACUCAAAUUAGCCAUAAACAACAAAGUGACACAGAAGAAUUUGCAGAUGCUUUCGAAUGUGCCAGCACCAAUGCAAGGUUUAUUGCCUAUAACUACUGGAACUUUGAUACCUAUAACAAUUUUGAACCCUGCUACAGUACCUGUACAUAAAAUUCCGAUAGCACCGUUCAACCCGAAAGCGAGUCAGGAAUUUAAGAACACAGCUAAGAGAAAAAUAGACGAUAUAGUUGUCGCUAAGACUAGUGAAAAGAAGAAAAGUCGUGCUGGUAAUGGUAAAGUGAGUGAUAAAGCAAUUAAUGGUGAUGACGAUUGUGUUAUUGUAGAUGAACAACUUAAGAAACAGAAGAGAGAUUUGGACAGUAGAGUAGCUGCUUCGAGGCGGUAUAGGGUUCGAUUAAGGGAGAACAUGAAACGGCAAGAGAGUGAAAUCAAGCAACUUAAAGAAGCAAAUCAAGCCUUAGCUGCGGAAAGAUCUUUACUCAAGAUACUCAUAACCGAACACAUGAGAAAAUGUCCCAAUCCUGGAGACUUAAGAUCUGCUCAAGAAAAACUAGCCCAAUUAUCGAAGAACCAGUGACAGCUAUGUAUUGUUUACUUUUAUUAAUUCAAAACUCGAAUUCUGUCGCCAUAUGAGUUCAACCCACCGCACCUCUCAAUUUCUUCUCUACACAUGAGACAUUAACAAUUAAAAGGCUUAUUAUGUGUAAUUGUUGAUUCGGCCAAGUGUGAAGUUUGCAACGAUUUUGUGACGGCUCAACAACAAUAUUAAUUACCCUAGAUCCCUACUAGAUACCCUAGAGCGCACGUGGUGUACGUGCGGUCAAAAUGUGUCCCAUUCAAGAAGUGCUUGAACACCAAUCAAGCACUUCUUGGUUCACAAUCACGCGCGGACCGUUGAAGAGUCAAGUUAUCGCAGAACGCCGUGAAAAUUUUGGAUUGAAAAAAAAAUGAAGCUUUAUCUAAUACUUACUUUAAACUGAUUUAAUAGAAAAUAUUUGUGAUAUUCAAAUGCAUGGUCGGUAAUACAGCCGUGUCUUUUCCUCGCGGUCCGUACCUGCUACAUUGCUAUAAGCGCAUUCAGAAUUACGCGUCAAAGAAAUAAGGUCUAUAUUCUUACGCAUAUAGCAAUAAAUCGUAAAAUUUUACUAGCUUGCAUUUCGAACUGUCAAAACUCUUUGACGCAUGCGUUUCAAUUAAGACCUUAUACAGUAUAGACUAAAGGUGACUUUCAAUGUUUCAGUAACGCCUUAUUUUGUUUUUGAUUACGCGAUCAUCUUACGGAGCUCCGUGGAUCGUCCAAUGUACCUUUUGGACAGGUUUCGGCCACGAUUUUGUUCGUGUUGGUGUAUAUAGGGUAUUUAAUAUCUUAGCGUCUCAUUAUAGUAAACAAUGUUUGGACCGCUCUAGUGAGGGGUUUCCUGGAAUGACGGGCGCUAGAUGGCAGCACUGAGGAGAAAGUCUACUCAUCCUUCAAAUUGCAUAUGUUUUCAUAGUAUCUGGAUCGAUUUAAAUGCUCGUUUCACUAAUGACUGGCCAAUAUGGGAAAGGCAAAGGCUGUAAAAAGUAUACUUUAAAAAAAUAUGCUCGUUCGGUUAGUUCGCGCCAAAACCUUCAUACAAAAGACCUCAUAUCACAGUGGCUCCAACUGGUGACGUAAAUUUUGAUAAACACCCCGUUAUUUCCAACUACCCUACUUUGCGACAGUUUCGUACCGCGUCGCCAUAAGAACGCACGCUAUACCUUACUGCUCGCGAAUUAAUUGCAUUAACACAGAAACUUAUAAUGUCAACUGAAGUAUACUAAACACUGUUGUGAUAACCAGCCUUCCAGUGUCCCUGUGAUUGUUUAAGUCAGCCAUUAGACCGGCCUACGAAGUGGACAUGAUGAUGAGACCGCGCUGCCCCAGCCCCAGGUGCCGUAAGGACAGAGAAAUGCUGAGGUGAUCGCGGACCGCAACUCCUGGAGUUGGGCAAUUACCUGGGGCGGGUCGGGGAUCCGGGGUUUCCUGGGGCUCCUGAGGCGGGGGGCCAGAGGCCUGUCCCGCCUCUCCGCACUCCUCCACGUCGUCGGUCGCCGAGGGCUUCGCCGCUGCCGAGGCGCCCCCUUUCCGCGCCGGCCACUUUCUGCCACAGAUGGGGGGACUUCCGAGGAGAUCCCAACGAGGACAUGGUGCACGGGAGGGCCCCUUCCUGCCCGCCCUGUUCGGAGUGUCCCCCCCCCCCCCCGGGGGGGACUCUUCGCCGGCUGCUGGACCCCCGCCGUCCCGUCGGCCUGUGACGGCGCCGGCCGGGGGGCCAUUCGCCUAACGGAAAUGCUUUGGAAAACGCUAACGCUUACGAUUUCAUUUUGUUAUUUCUAGCCGCCUGAGGUUUUCAAAUGCCUCGCGCUCUUUUUUUUUCUUUUGCAUUGGUAAUAACAAUAUAAAAAAAUGAGAUUGAGGUAUUUGAAAACCUUCGGCGGGCAGAAAUAACAAAAUAAAAUCGGAAGCGUUAGCGUUUUCCAAAGCAUUUCCAGGCGAAUGGCCCCCUGGUCUUUGCACCGCGUGAGAGGAGCUAUCUUGCCCGCCGAGACGGAGAGGCCCGCGGGGCGGCGCCGGGCCACCUCAUACUCCCUUGGCGCCGGGGCCGGAAGGGCCCCCCUACUUUUGCCUCGGACUCUGAGCGCUUCAGUGGGAGCUCCGGGAACUUCGGGAACUUCCUCUUCGUCCUCGGCGUCGUCAUCGUCGUCGACGGCGAUCGAGGACGAGGUCCCGCUCCCCACUUGGGCCGCCCCCGCUGAUCCUGCGCUGCCCCAGCCGCCGCUCUACUGGGCCUACGUACAUAACCGAAAUACCCGCAGAGUGAUGCAGUGCAUCCUCUGUGGGAUUAUAAUAGGCAUGAUGACGGGGUACAUACAGUAAACGAAAUUCUAUCUAGUCCGUCAGUUAGAUGAUCAAAAAAUAAUGGACACGUAUUUUUUCUUUGGGCAAUCGACCAAAAAAUUACAAAGUUAUAGCGUGUCAAAGUUUGGGAGUAGGGGCUCGUGACGUCACUUUUGAGUGAAUUUUCACUUAUAAGUGUACUCAAUCGUGACGUCAUGCCACUUUUCAAAUCAAUAUAUCUCUGCAAUGUUUAUAUUAUGUGAAAAAAGAAAAAAUACGUGAACAAUUUUUUUUGAUAAUCUACCUGAUAAACGAAGAAAAAAAAAAUUAGUCAUCAUCCCUAUUAAUAGCCAUGUCAAAAGGCAUUACCAGAGAAGACAUGCCCCCUACAGGGGGUAUGAGGCUGCGGGCCCCUACUCCCGGGGCUACUACAUACUAGUUAUGAGCCGGCUCCCCACGUGCCCCCCGGAGCCCCCCCCCCCCCUCGGCCCUGGAGGGUGUGGCGGGGGUCGAUUGGGGAUUCCUGGGGAUGGGAGGCCGGUAAUCGAAACUGUCGCGGUCGUUUUCGUGUUCCUUUUUUCUUUUUUGUUUUUUCAUUCCGUACUGGGGCCGUGUAGUCGAUUUGGGCCCCAGUAGUGGGGCUAAUCAGGGUUAUUAUUUUAGUAUUUUUUUUACAAUACAUUGGUUAUCAUAAAAGUUUUAGGUUCCACCGUAAUUCUCAAACACCCGUAUACAUUAUUUGUUUGAAAACAAAUAAGACGACGAUUUGACUUUGUUAUAUGCACUACUUAGCCCAACUAUUUAUACUGAACUACCAAAAUUGGAAUACUAAGACCUGUCUUACUAUAACUCUAAAUUAAAGUUCUCUAGGAAAAUAAUAUACUUUUUCUUAUACCGGAAUAAAAACAUGUUUCGGUCUUAUCCCAAUGGGGAAUUGGCAAUUAUCAUAGCAACAAACCAUGCUCUCUAAAUAUAUAUAAAUCGAAGUGUUAUCUGUCAUGUAAUUUUCUUAACUAAAUGUUACUUAUUCUUAUGUUUUUUAAACAAUCAAACGUAACGAAAGGCCUUCUUCCAAGUCCAAUAUUGUAAAGCAAAAUUCAUGUAAAUUAAAUUUAUAAAUCAUAUUAACAGAUUUGACCUAUGUGUGCAUGAAAUUCUGAAGUGAAACUUCUUUUCUUGAAUAACCUAACAUUAUGAGGUGCAUAAGGCAUAGGGGAAUGGAGCAGCGCAAUCAUCACUCGUAUAUAUCUAAUAUAUAAAAUUCUCGUGUCGAAACGGCUCGACCGAUUUUCGUGAAAUUUUAUAUGCAUAUUCAGUAGGUCUGAGAAUCGGAUGUUAUCUAUUUUUCAUCCACCCCUAAUUUUUUUUUUCAAUUUUAGGUAUUUUUUUUUAAAUUUUUUUAUGAUACAUUAUACAAAAAUACAUACAACCCUAAAUUUUCACCUUUCUACCACCCACCUCUAUUUUUUUAGGGCGGUGUGAAGUUCGCUGGGUCAGCUAGUAGUAUAUAUUGUCACAUGUGACGCUCGUAGCGUUUCAGCCUUCGCCGAGUUACCCUCUAACUUUCAUGCUCGUAGAAAGAGCUAUGCACGCGUCCCACACACACACACACACACACACACACACACACACACACACACACACACACACACACACACACACACACACACACAUUAAAUAUAUAUAUAUAUCACCAAGUAACUAAUAUUUAUGGAGAGUACAAAUUAAAACCAAUUGAAGUGUGAAAUUUUAUUUUAGCUGACCCAGCGAACUUCGUACCGCCAUAAAAAUAGGUAGUAGAAGAGAAAAUUUAGGGUUGUAUGUAUUUUUUAAUACCACAUUAUAUAAAAAAAAUGUCCAAAAAAAUUAGGGGUGUGUAACGUAGUGUUGCUACUUAUCAAUUUCCUGGGAUAACAUUCCUCCUAAUCCAUAUGAGAACACUACGUUACAAUACCCAAUAGUUUGAAUUUUGGCGCGAAGGCGCAUUCUAGGUUGCAGACUUAGAGCAUAUACCAUGGUACGAGUAUGGAGCAUAUACCGUGGUACAUGCACCUUAAGGUUUCAGAACACUACGUUACAGGUGGACAACCAUUAUCACUUAAGGAUAUCAAAAAUAGAUAGUAGCCGAUUCUCAGACCCACGGAAUAUGCAUACAAAAUUUCAUAAAAAUUGGUCAGGCCGUUUCGGAGGAGUAUGGUAACUAACAUUGUGACACGAGAAUUGUAUAUAUAAAAUGUGUGUGUAGGUAUAUAUAUAUCGUGUGACGCUCGUGACGCAUUUCCGUUUCAUCUUUUCCAUCAGGAUUUUUCCAUUUACACCACGUCCUAAAAGAAGUUUCACUUCAAAAAAAAAGAGGAAUUUAAUUUGAAAAAUUUGUGUGCUUUUGUGGAACUAUGCAUGAUGUAAGUGAAAUUUAUUAAUAUAAUUUAUUAAUAAUCAAAAAUAGUACUUUCUCGGCUGGGAAACGAACCCGGGCCGCCAGUUUAGUAAGCUAGCCACCUGUCCCUUUUUUAAAAAGUCUGAGGACUGAAACAAAUUAUAGCGAUGAAAUAAAAGUUUUACUAAAAAAUAUAUUUAUAAAUUUCUCUGACACAGAACUGAGUACCUGCUAUUUUUUUUGUAAGCGAAAAAUUGAUCUCCGAUAUUUUUUAAGAAUUUAAUAAAAGUAUUACUGUUAUUAUUUAUACCUACAUAAUAUUGUGUAAGUUAAUCCAAAUAUUUGUACAUAUUGAAUUUGUUUAUUGUAUAAAUAUAUGUUUAAUCUUUACUACGUAAGUAAAUAAAUAUAGGAAUAAUUCUUACUGGAUAUUAUUUAUUUAUAACUGAUAUUCCCCCUGGAUAUUAUUUAUUUAUAACUGAUAUUCCCCUGGUACAAUGUAAAUGCUGUACCCUUAGCACGAACCAAUAUCGAAUUCGUAUCGUUUGCGAGUACGAAAUGUCACUCAAAUGUGUACUGAUUUUUAGUUCUCGUUACGUACGUUAUUAGGGCGCUGCUGUUCAAGUUUUCAUAAAAAAAUUGACAAUGACAUUUCGGACUCGCAAACUAUUCGAAUUCGAUAAUUCUUCGUGCUAGGGGUACUGAUUUACGCCGAAGCAGCAACGUCAUCUGGUGGUAUGC